AAUUUAUGGAUCGAAGUGAUAAUAGGCAGAGGUUUCCUGGCAAUGGCAUGGCGUGUACCUAGAAUUUGUCAUGCCAUUACUCACCUUUCAUUUCAAGGGGCCAUAUCUUUUGAAAAGACACAAAUAAGUCUCCAAAUCAUUUUGUCCUUUCAUUUGAUUGACUCAAAUUUUUAAGUCAAUGGAUGCGCUUGUUUACCCAAUUCAGGAAGGAAGUAGAAAACCCAAAAUCUUAUAAUUUAUUUCCCUUCAGACAGUUUGUUUCUUCACCACACCUCAUCCAUGGCACUUGUGAGAGCAACUCAACAAACCUCCUCUUCUAAUACUUCUCGAUGUUGUCGUUAUCACGUGUUCCUCAGUUUCAGAGGUGAAGACACUCGCAAGACUUUCACUGACCACCUCUUCACAGCCUUGGUCAAUGCCGGAUUUCGCACUUUCCGAGACGACGAUGAGCUGGCGAGAGGAGAAGAUAUUAAGCCCGAACUCCAGAAAGCAAUCAAACAAUCAAGAACUUCUGUUAUUGUGUUUUCGAAAGACUACGCAUCGUCCAGAUGGUGCCUUGACGAGCUUAUGAUGAUCCUUGAACGCAAGAGGACCUCACCUGACUAUGUCGUUUUACCUGUCUUCUACGACGUGGAUCCAUCCCAUGUGCGGAAGCAGACAGGAAGUCUUGCAAAGGCAUUUGCUAGACACCAAAAAACCCAACCGUCGAACAAAGUGAAGGAAUGGAGGGAGGCACUUGCAGAGGUUGCAGAUCUGGCAGGGAUGGUCUUACAAAAUCAAGCUGAUGGACACGAGUCAAAGUUUAUCAACAAGAUUGUUCACGUGAUAGGAGAAAAACUAAGGCGUAGACCCCUAAGUGUUCCCCACAUCAUGAUCGGAAUGCAUUCUCGAGUCAACGAACUGAACUUAUGGUUACAAGAUGGAUCAGAUGAUGUUGGCAUACUUGUAAUUUAUGGCAUGAGUGGAAUAGGGAAGACAACCAUUGCAAAGUCUGUUUAUAAUUCAAACUUUGGAAGGUUUGAAGGAAGCAGCUUCCUUGAAAACAUAAAAGAAGUUUCCCAGCAACCCAAUGGCUUGGUUCAAUUACAAACACAGCUUCUUUCUAAUAUUUUGAAUGGGAGAAAAAUGAAAAUAAGCAGUGUUAGUGAAGGAUUAACUGAGAUUGAAGAUGCAAUAAGCUCCAAGAGGGUUCUCCUUGUUCUCGAUGAUGUGGAUCAUAUGGACCAAUUAGAUGCAGUACUUCGGAUGAAAGAUCAAUUUUGUCCAGGAAGUAAAAUCAUAAUAACAACUAGGCGUGUAAGAUUGUUAAAGGUUCAUCAAGUUACUAAGGUGCAUGAAGUUGAAACUUUGCAUUACAAGGAAUCAUUGGAGCUCUUUAGUUGGCACGCUUUUGGUCAGGACCAUCCCAUUGAAGGUUACAUUGAAUAUUCGCAAAAAAUAGUGCAUCAUUGUGGAGGACUUCCAUUAGCUCUUAAAGUUUUAGGUUCUUCUAUGUACUCGGAGGAUAGUAUAGAUGUAUGGAAAAGUGCACUGCAGAAGUUAGAAGCCAUUCCAAAUGGUGAAAUAGUAAAUAAACUAAGAGUAAGCUAUGAUUCUUUGCCGGAUGACCAUGACCGAAAUUUAUUCCUCCACAUUGCUUGUUUCUUUAUCGGAAAGGACAAAGACUACAUUGUUAACAUACUAGAUGCAUGUGAUUUCUAUACAAUUGUUGGCUUUCAAAAUCUCAUCGAUAGAUGUUUGGUCAGUAUUGAUAAAUGGGAGAAGGUGCAGAUGCAUGACAUGAUCUGUGGAAUGGGAAGACAAAUUGUUCGCCAAGAAUCAGAGAAGCCUUGGAAGCGUAGUAGAGUGUGGCAACAUAAGGAUGCUUUCAAUAUCUUGACAGAAAAGAAUGGUACAGAUUCAAUUGAAGGCCUUGUCCUCGACAUGCACAUGCUCCCUAGAAACAGUGGCAUAAACUCAAUGGAGAUAGUCUUGGAAACCAAUGCAUUUGCAAGGAUGCAUGAACUAAAACUACUCCAUCUUAGUCAUGUACAACUCAACGGUUCUUAUGCAGAAUUUUGUACAAGAUUAAGAUGGUUGUGUUGGAAUAAGUUUCCUUUGGAUUCUAUACCCACAGAUUUUCCUUUGGGGAGCCUGAUUGUUCUUGAAAUGCAAUAUAGUUGCUUGAGGCAAGUCUUCAAGGGAACAAAACGUCUUUCAUCAUUGAAGAUCCUUGAUCUCAGCCAUUCUCAUUCACUUACAGAAACCACCGACUUCUCAUGUUGCCCAAAUCUAGAGAAAUUGAUUCUUGUAGAUUGUGAAAGCCUGGUUGAUGUCAAUGGAUCCAUUGGGAAUCUUGAGAGACUUGUUUACUUGAGUAUGAAGGAUUGCAAAAAUCUUAGGAUGCUUCCAGAGAACAUGUUUAUGCUAAAAUCACUUGAAACACUUAUUAUAUCUGGUUGCACAAAUCUUAAUGAGUUAUCAAUUGAGAUGUUAAGGAACAUGGAAUCUCUGAAAGUGCUUGAGAUAGAUGAAAUCCCAAUAUCUCAAUUAUGGCGAGGAAGAAGUUCAUGUAUCUGGAGUUCUUUACCAUGCUCUUUAGUAAAUUUAAGUGUUCGGGGGUGCAAUCUUUCGGAUGAUACCUUUCCUAGGGAUUUUAGUAAUCUAUCUUCAUUGCGAAGACUAAAUGUCGGGAAUAAUCCAAUUUGUAGCCUGCCAAAUUGCAUCCAAGGUUUAACAAGGCUCGAUGAACUCUCUUUUUCCAGGUUGUACGAGUCUCAAAUCCCUUGUGGGGUUACCAGAAGUAGCCAAAUUGGACGUGGUACAAUGCAUAUCAUUGGAAAAAGUAACAUGUCAGUGCUUAAAAAGCGUAAAGCGUUUCAGUGUCGGUGAAAACCGCAACCUAGUUGAGUUG